GAAAGAGAGAGAGUAAGAAUGUUUAAUCACAGUACAUGUCUUCUAAAAUGAGGUGCCAGCUGAUUGGCAGACAGAGACUGGUGGGCGGGCAUCUCCAGCUGAUAUGAACUUGGGUCAGAAGUGCCAAAGGUUGGUGUGGAGGCAGCCAAGCUGUAGACAACUGCAGUGCCAAUGGAGACUCUUAGAGGAAUCCAGGCGUUGGGCUGCCUCUGCCUCAUCUUGCUCUUAGGGGGGCUAACUCCCCCCAGUGCUGCUCAGUACAAUUGGUGGCCUUUUGCAGAUCCUGAGACCACAACCGUUGUGAUUCCCACAGAUGCAGAAACUGAUGUGAAGCCACCUUCUGAGCAGACACUCCUGAGUAGUUCCAUUCCUUGGAAUACACCAGAUACAUUUACACAGGAAGUUACCACUACGGAAGGAAUGCUGGACUUGACUAGUUCAUCAAGUGUAAGAAAAGAAGAUACUUUUGAUAAUACAUCUCCUUUUUCAACAGUCUUUGAGGGCAGUGCUGAGAAAGAAGAUUCUGAAUUCCUGAGGAUCCAGGAGGGUUCAAAGACCUUGACAACUUCAUAUUACCAAUCUAUGAUCACUGGAAAAAUUAAGACAACACAGAAGGCUUCAAAAGUCCUCAUGACUUCAGAUCAGCAAUCUACUGUCAGAGGGGAUUCUGUGACAAGACCAAUUAAUAAUACUUCACAGUGUGUCUGUCCAGCAAUACCUGGUCCUCCUGGUCCAAAGGGAGAAAAGGGUGAUCAGGGUCCUCCAGGACAAAAAGGACUACCUGGAGAAACUGGACAAAUUGGCAAACCUGGCCAUCCUGGCAUUCCAGGGCUUCAAGGGCCACCAGGGCCACCGGGGCCACCAGGUCUACCAGGCUCAACUCUUCCUAAAGUAACAGACUUCACUGAUGCCAAGGAUGGAGAAGAAAAGAGAGUCAGUCUUAUAGAAGGACCUCCUGGCCCACCAGGGUUACCUGGUCAUCCAGGUCAUCCCGGACCCCAAGGAUACCCAGGACCUGAAGGCCCACCAGGUCCCCCUGGACUCCCAGGACUUGAAAGCCAGCAGGGGGCUCCAGGGCUUCCUGGGGCUCCAGGCCAGCCUGGUCCUCCAGGAGCCACAGGAUCUCCAGGGAUUCCAGCACCAAUGGGGCCAGAGGGUCCUCCAGGAGUCAAAGGCCCUGAAGGUCAUCCAGGACUUCCAGGCCAGGUUGGUCCACCAGGAUUACCAGGCAUCCCUGGACCAGAAGGUCCUCCGGGAACAGAUGGGCCUUCCGGAAAGAAUGGAUUAAAGGGUGAGAAAGGCGACCCUGGUGAAUGGGGGCUGCCAGGCAAACCAGGGCAGACUGGAGAAAAGGGAUCUCAGGGUAUACCUGGCCCUGUAGGGCCUCCUGGCUUACCUGGUGAUAAUCAGUGUAACUCUCAAGCAAGUCUUCAAGGAGCUCCUGGUCCUAAGGGUGAAAAGGGAGAUCCAGGAAAAGUGGAUUGCCAGAGCUGCUGCAAGGAAGCCAGAAAUGGCCCACCUGAUUCUUGGGUGCCUUUUCUCUACCAAGAGAAUGGCAAAGGAGACACAGAAAUAUAUGGUGCAGUUGUCAACCAUGGUCCUCCAGGCCCCCCAGGAAAUCCUGGCCCUCCAGGCCCUCCUGGCGUCCUUUAUAUCAAUAGAGUGUACCCAGUCCGACCCAGGCCACAUUGCAAGCAGCCGGUGAACCAGGAUCCAUGUUUGGAUUCAGAUACAGUGCUGCCUCUGAAGGAUUCUUCCUAUGGAAGCCAGAAUGGAUAUAAGCGCUCUACCUGGGUCUUCAAUUCGAAAGAGACGAUGUUGAAAUCUACUUCCUCCAUCCCUGAAGGCAGUUUGGUCUACAUCACUGAAGGGGCUGAAGCCUUCUUCAAGACCCCUAAAGGAUGGAGCAAACUUCUGAUGGAGGAUUCUGAGUCUCUAUUUGCAGCUGAUGACCCUUUGGUGCCUACAGAAAAGAACCAGGUCCAACUUGAUGAAAGUCACGUAAGAAUUCGGAUUACACCAACUAGCAUCUCCCAGAGGGUUCCUGCACUCCACCUAGUGGCACUAAAUGUCCCUCUGACUGGUGACAUGAAAGGGAUUAGUGGUGCAGACCUGCAAUGCUAUCAGCAGGCGCAGGAGGCAAAGCUGCAUGGAACUUUCAGGGCCUUCCUGUCUUCAGAUACACAAAGCCUUAUUUCAGUUGUGAAGAAAACAGACAGGAAUCUGCCAGUUGUUAACCUUAAGGGUCAGCUAUUGGCAAAGAGCUGGAAUUCCCUCUUCAGUAAGCAUGGAACUUCUGAUUUCAACUCCAUGAAGUUUCCCAUCUAUGCGUUCAAUGGGCUGAAUGUCAUGACAGACCCUACAUGGACCAAUAAAGCCGUCUGGCAUGGCAUGAAGCUUCAGAGAAGGCAGUCCAAACCUCAAGACUGUCAAGGCUGGAGGAAAGCAUCCAGCCAGUUAAGGGGACGUGCCUCUCUUCCACUUAAGGGCACAUUCCUCGUGGAGGAUACCUGGAGCUGCUCAGAUUCCCUGAUAGUUUUGUGUGUAGAAAAUGCUGUUUGAUAUUUGCACCUAGGAGGAACAUAGAAUUAGACUUGCAGGGAACAACAGAAGGCACUCGUUACUGUCCAGGCUGGAAUGGGUUGAAUGAAAGAGGCCUAUGCACUAAGGCAGUGUUUCUCAACCUUGGCUAGGGAAUUCUGGGAGUUGAAGUCCACACAUCUUAAAGUUGCCAAGGUUGAGAAACACUGCACUAAGGCGUUAAGGUACAAAGCACAGGUUGGGAAAAGAAGUGUGUAAAGAACCAAAGCCACCCAUUGCCUUACUGCAAGCUGCCGUGAGUGUUUAGUCUACAUGGACAGCAUCAACCAGACUGCUUGCUCUUUGGUCUCAGUGCAUGGAUAGAGCCCCUGUUAAAACUAUUGUACUUGCAUAUACAAAUAUAUACAUCUAUUCAUAGACAUUUCUUUGCCAAAAAGUGGCAGAAGUCUGCAUUAGUCACAGUCAUGUUUAGGAAAUAUUAUGUGCCCCUAUUUCUAAAAGAUUCCUGAAAAGGGAAUUCAGUAGAAUCUGACAAAGAGAAGUCUACAUGUGGGUUACUAGCACAUGUACACUCAUUAACAUCAUGGAGCUGUUACUUCAACAGCUAAUGGGAUGAAUAGUGUAAAUCCUUUCCCUAAAAACAUAAUAUGUACCUAAAGCAGUGUUUUUCAAACUUGGCAACUUUAAGAUGUGUGGACUUCAACUCCCAGAAUUCCCCAACCAGCAUGCUGGCUACAGAAUUCUGGGAAUUGAAGUCCACACAUCUUAAAGUUGCCAAGUCUGAAAAACACUGACCUAAAGCAUUCCUGGUUGAAUUAGCAUCUCUGGAAAAGAGCCAAUGAAAGAGAUUUUGUAAUCAUCUCUGUAGAGUGUCAUUUAGUUUCUAACAACAGUAGUAAAGUUGGAACUACACCGUUAUAUGUAGAUCCCAAGAACAUACAGUAAUGUUAUUGUGCAAAAGUGCUGCCUGUGGUAUCAUAUUUAAUGGGGAGAGGGGACUUACUAUUUUCCAUGCCAGUUAUUUGCUCCCCCUGCUCCUUUCCUGGAAGGAUAAAACAUAUUGUACCCUAUACCUAAAGAAGGGAUUUUAACUGGCAAGCAGAACAAUUCUUGUCAAGGAAAAUGUUAAUUGGUGCCUUCUCAAACUACAUGGCUUACAAAAAUUCUCAAGACCUUCACUUGCCAUCGUGCAUGCAUCAUAGUUGAUAUAAAAAGAGUUUGGGGGAAGGAAUUACAAGAAGAGAAUUGGAAAGGUUUAAGCACCAAUUACCCCCUGAAAUGGCCACCUCAAACAAACUUACUUUCACUAUAAUCACCAAAUUCUGGUUAGGGAAACCUGAACGUAUUGGUAUACUUUAUAUUUCUUCUCACAGUAUGAACCAGUUCUUUCUCUUCCCAAACUGUGGUACCAAGCCUAAGUAUCAUAGUAUUAUCCAAGAGAUGCAAACUAUGAUUCCCAGGAAUGCUACCUGACACUGCAAUAUUCUUUGUUUGUCAGAACCACAUUGUUGCCUUGGAUUCAGAUUGUUGAUUAUGCUCCUGAAGAAGCAUCUAGAAGGCUAUAUUAAAGGCACCUGCAUGCAUAACUCAAGAAAAUGUUUUUUUUUAAUUUCCACUGUUUGUAAUUUAAAUUGAGAAUGUGUCUAACAAAAUGCUAUUUUAUUUCACACUGCUAUUUAAAAAUUAAAUUAUCAAAUUAAAAAAGAGAAUGAGAUAUGGAUCAGGACUAUAAUCCCAAAUAUAUAAAUCUCAUGAUAUAUCUCAUUACAUUCAAGCAGUAUAUACUUUGGUGUAGUUACGGCAAAAAAAAAGCGUAUUAAAGUUUUUCGCUUUGGGGCCUCAUUGAAAUUAAUGACUAUCUUAACUAUCAUUCAUUUCAGCGGCCCCAGAUGACUAAUUUAGGGAAGAUCCAUCCCGAUACAAUUGUAAAAUAUUAAAGAAUUUAUAAGUCACCUGACAGAUGUAACACAGGUUUAAUCAAAUGUGUAAAAUGCGGGGAAAAAAAUGUAUCGUUGAUAAAGAAACUUGAUUACAGACCGUUGCUGAUCUGUAUCAUUUUGCCCAUGUAACCAGAAAGGAUAUGUGCUAACCUAUGAAAAGAAAUCAAAAUAAAUUUUGAAUCUUCCCAUUGUUGUAAUUUAUCCAGUGGAAGGUGCUAUUUAUAUAUUGCUUAACAUGCUUCACAUUUAUUUCUCUAAGAUAAAUUGCAAUUAAUUUAUCCAUUUUGUUUUUUAAAACAAAUUCCCAUUUGUCUAAUGUUAUUUUGAAGCUGAUAGCUGCUCUUUGGCUUUUCAAUCUCUUCUCAGUUUCCUAAUGUCUUCUUAAUCAGUUAGUUACCAGUCUGUGAAAUAAAAGCCUUUUACUGAGA